AGGAAGAGGAAAAGGAAGAGGAAAUUCAGGUGUCAAGAGGAGUUGUGAGAGGUUCCCGAGUUCCGCUGACCCGCUCCCUGAAGGAUGGAGAAGAUGCUGAUACGCAUGUGUACCGCGUCCCUCAUCCUGCCUUUGCUUUGCAGAGUGAUGGAUGGCCGACUGUUGCUGGAGGGUCUGCCAAGAUUUGGUGCUGUGCCUACAUACCUGCCGGUGCAGUACCAGGUGCUGAAUGCAGAGCUAGCCUUCUUUCUCAAGGAGGCUAACCAGGACAUCAUGAGGAACUCCAGUCUACAGGCACGCACUGAGCUCUUCUUCAUCCAGCAGGCAAGAAGAAUCCCUGUGGUCAAUGCUAGUUAUGGACCUUUCUCUGUGCAGCAGCCCAUACCCAUGGAACUCCUUGAUCCAGGGAUCUUCAACAACCCACUAACAUCUUCUUUGUCUACAUCUUCUUCAUCUUCCUCACCACUUUUCACUUUUAACUGGAAGAUUCAGACCUAUAUCAUAAGUGAGCGCAUCCACCUCAGUUGGCCCAAGGUUCAGGUCUUGUUCUACAUCGUAGGCCGAGACUGGGAUGACUACAGCACCAUGGACCACCUCCCUUGCAUCCGGAUGUUUGCUUUCCAUGAGACACAGGAGGUUCGAGGCACGUGUCGAUUGAAAGGGGAACUUGGACUUUGCGUGGCUGAAUUGGAGCCGCUGCCCAGUUGGUUCAGCCCACCUAGUGUGGUGCCUGGGAGACAAAGAGCACCUCAAACUGAAGGUACUCCUGUGGAGCUCUACUACAUGGUACAGUACACUGAAACCGGUGAAUGCAACCCGGAAAGUUCUCGUAAAAUGGCUGCUAUCCGCUCUGAGCCACAGGGGCCUGCCGGGUACUUUUCAGGGCCUACGCCUAUGCGAAGGAUCGGCAGUGUACGCCUAUUUCAGCCACUCUCUGAGCUACGCCUGGACAGGAACUUUGUGGUAAUGGUGCCUUCCAGACCAAUUAGGCAAAGAGAGACGGUGUCUGUCUUUCUGGCUGCUUCUGCUCUUUCAUCAGUGGAGAUCUUCACCCUCAGGGUGAAGCUGAAAGACGACGUGGCUUUUCUAGGAGCGAAGGUCACUAAUCCGGUGCAGUGGACCGUCAGUCAGGACGUGAGAAAUGAAGGACACAGAGUCGUUACUCUGCAUUGUCGAAGAAAAGACACCAGCUACAGUCAGAGGAUGGAGUCAGGGAUUCAGAAGGUUCUGCAAGUGGAUUUGGAGGUGAAUGGCCUGGUGGAUCCUCUUGGUACUCGUUCAGUCACCUGGCAGGUGGAGUACCCCAUGAGCCGCACCUUCUCUGAAGAAAUCCCGUCCCUUAUCCGACUCGCAGCUCACGAUCUGGGGGGCAUCGUCCCUCUCGCCAUGGAGACAGAGAUCCUGAACACGGCCGUGCUCACCGGCAGGACUGUCGCCAUGCCUAUCAAAGUGGUCACCGUGGCAACGGAUGGGGCUGUGACUGAUGUGACUGAGUCUGUGGAGUGUCGAUCGACGGACGAUGACGUUGUUAAGGUGUCUGAGAGGUGCGACUAUGUCUAUGUGAACGGGAAGGAGACGAGAGGAAGGGUGAGGAUGAUGCUGAACUUCACUUACAGCUACCUGAGCACCCAGCUGGAGGUGAGUGUAUGGAUGCCUCGCCUUCCACUGCAGAUCGACAUAGCUGAUCCUGAGCUUAACCAAAUCAAGGGAUGGAGGAUUCCAGUCUCUGGGGGCAACCAGAGAUCUACAGAUGAUGAUGAAGUUGACGUUAACAGGCCAGAUCGACGGUGUGGUCCACAGUACCAGAGCACCACUGUACGUGUCCUUACACACUUUGAGGCGGAGCCAGUGGAAGGGCGGGACCAGCCGGACUUUCUACUGGGCAGUGAUUGGCAGGUGGAUGUGUCAGAGCUGGUAAAGGAUUUAUUGAAAGUGGAGGAUUCACGUGUGGCCAGAAUAACAGAUGGAACAACGCUGACAGGGCUGAACACUGGAACCACCAAAGUCCAGGUGAUGUCUCCCCUGUCGGAUUCGGUCCUGGCUGAGAGGUCGGUGAGAAUUGUGGAUGAUAAAGUGAGCAUUACGGAUCUGGGCGUACAGCUGGUGUCAGGCCUCUCACUGUCCCUGCAGCUCAGUCCAGGCAGCAACAGGGCCAUCGCAGCCACAGCCACCACCCAGGACACCAUGCACAGAACCAAACAGGAGUCCCUUGUCAGCGCUUGGUUGCACUUCAGUGAUGGUUCUGUGACUCCUCUUGACCUUUAUGACCCUGCACAUUACGUGCUGACAGCCACGUCAUCGGAUGAACGGGUGGUCACUGUUCAGAGUGCCGUGUGGUGGAGGUCACCGGUGGUGGUGGUAAAAGGUGAAGGUCAGGGUACGCUACUGCGCGUUGAGAUGUCUGGAGCCGAUUUGUGCCAGAAAAGCAAGCGGCGUAAUGUUCUGUCUUCGGUUAGCACCAACGUUCGAAUCAAGUUUAGCCAUAAUGAUGACAAUGACAACAGACGACACAGACCCAGUUCCCCAUACAAUGGAGACUCCAUUUCAGAGGCAGGGAUGGUCAACAGAGGAACCACCACUAUUAAAACAGGUGCUCCUUUAGGAGAUAAGCGUCCAGUAGGAGACAUUCCUGCAGACUUCUCAAACUUUCCAGCCCAGGCCGAACCUCCUCAUGGACACACCACAGAGGAAGAGCUGCUACAAGCCCGGCGUGGCUUGACAGACCUAGAAAUAGGCAUGUACGCCCUACUGGGAGUCUUCUGUCUGGCAAUCUUGGUGUUCCUCAUUAAUUGUGUCUCAUACGCCCUCCAGUAUCAAAACAAACAGCUCCCGCUGGAGGCCCAGGAGAGCAUGGCACAUGCACAUGACUGGGUGUGGUUGGGGCAGGAAGGUGAGCUAAUGGAGAACCAUGCCGGUUUGUGCCUACAGCAGGACGAGCUCAGUGCCACUGUGGACUCCAGCCUGGGUUUAGAGGAGGCCAGCCAGCUCCUCAACGGGCUCUUGGGCCAGAAAAGUGCACAAGGUCAGGGAGGACGGGAGCACAAGGGUGAGACGGGAAACUCGCCUACCACCAAGAGAAAACGGGUUAAAUUCACCACCUUCAGCCACUCCAAAACGGGCAGUGACUGCCUGGCUAACAGCCCACUAGGCAUGGGGAAAAAUGAUAUCCAGUGGGUUUGUCCAGACAUCAAGCUUGGGGACUCCAUAGAGCUCCGGAACUACAUGGAGAGGCUAAAUGAGAAUGCCACAAAGAAUACCGCAUAGCACUUCAUGAUUCUAACACUCGAUUAUGCUUUUCGGAGCAGAGUGUAGCUUCACCCAUAUGCCUUCAGGGUAAAGAGGUGGGGUGCCGACCGGCUCACAUCUCACCAUGAAAAGAUAGGCCAUUCAUCAGGUCUUGUUUCCAAGGCAACUGUCACAAGGUGUUCAUCAUUAGGCUUGAAGGGCAACAGGGAUGGUUGUGAAACUUCAGAAAACUAUACAUACAUACAUACAUACAUACAUACAUACAUACAUACAUACAUAUGUACAAACUCACGAUAAGAAAUGAUUUUUUUUCUUGUAUUAACGAUACAGUUUUGUCAUUCCAUAUUUCUUUAAAAAAAAUGUCAUAUCCUGUGAAUAUUUAAAAUAAUUUAUGUGCACACAUAUCAAAGACUGACCCUGAAAUGAAUCCAAUAAUCAACACACUGUAUAUAAAGUGGACAUUUGCUGGUUGGAUAAGGUGAGAACUUUUUUAAGUAAGGUUUUACAUAUUUUUAUACAUCCCUGUUCCUGUACAUGUUGUAGCCUGUUGUUGUUUUGUCCAAAGACUCUCAUACUUUGGUUUAAAGCUGACGUGAGCAACUUUGUUUCUUUAAAGGUAGCUGUCAAAAAUAGAUAUUCUGAGAAAAAAGUUCUAAAACUCAGUGCAGUCCUUCUGCAAG